UAAUCCCUAGGAGGACGCACCGAAUAGUUUUUUUUUUCAGACGGAACACGGGAGCCGAGUGGAUGUAAUCUGUGCAUGACCCGAAGGGCAAUGGAAGAGCCCAAAUCCAUUCAGAGGAGGUUUGAAGCGGCUGUUAAAGUGAUCCGAAGUUUACCUGAAGAUGGCUCCUAUGAUCUGUCUGAUGAUAUGCUGGUUAUGUUCUACAGUUACUACAAACAAGCUACAGCAGGACCCUGUAACACCCCCAAACCCAACUCUUGGGAUCCGAUUGGUAAAGCUAAAUGGGAGGCAUGGAAAACCUUAGGAAACAUGCCGAAGGACCAAGCCAUGAAGGAAUAUGUUCAGGAAAUACAGCUGAUAAUUGAAACCAUCCCGCUCACAGACAGGAUGGCAGAAUUAAUGGACGCUCUUGACCCAUUUUAUGAGAUAGUGGUUGAAGAUGAUGAUGAUGAUGAUGAUGAUGAUGAGGAUGCAGUCAGUAAAGCAGCACCCUUAUCCACCGGAAACACUAAAGCUGAAAAAACUGAUGAUGAUGAUGAUGAUGAUGAUGCUAAGAAAGCUGAAGAGGGGGAAAGUGAAAUUAAUGGGGAAAAUGAGGAAGAUGACAUGGAGGAGAGGAGGACAGACUCAAGCACAUUUGCAGCAGGGAGAGGAGGUUUAUCAGUGUUUAAUGAAAGAGAGGAGAACAGCAUGUCCUCCUCAACCGAUGAUGCUCAUAGUUCACUGAACACAGAGGAGGAAGAGGAGGAAUUGGUUUAUGAUGACUCAGACGAUGUGAUGUACAGUGACUCAAUGGGAAAUCCAGCAUCACAAGAAAAGGGUUUGGGAGUUCUCCGGGUCCAUUUGGCAGAUGUGAGUGCGGCAGGGGCCCACAUGCAACAAGGGGGAAGCACAGAGCCUCAGUGUGGGAGUCCGGAUGGAAAGCCCCUCGUCCCCCAUCCACCGACACUGGGACCGGUCCGAACUGACAGAGUCUCAGAACGAGGUGGAAGAGGUUGUCAGUUGACAGGAACUAAGCUAGUACCAGAUGAACAUGAUAACUUAUCAGAGGGCAGUUGCCAAGGAAGUGCUCAGUGCUGUGAGACUGAAGAGCGAGCGGACAAGCGUGCGUUUGACCCACAGAUCGCUGUGAUGUUGUCACAGUUACAGGACGAUAUGCAGGAUGUUCUGCACAGACUGACCGCACUGGAGCUCCUCAAAGCAUCACAAGCUGAAAUCCUUCCUCUCAAAACUCGGCACUUGUCAAAGUCACCAAAAAAGAGGUUGCCCUGGUGGCCUUUAAACUCGUCCCCUAUCACUGUAGCACUGACAGUCGUCUGGCCCUUUGCUGUGCACUGGUUGGUGCAGUUUUACUUACAGAGGAGGAGAGUGAAGUGAAGAUUCAGUUCGAAGUGAAGACGCAGCUCCUGAAGACUUUGAAGUUGUCUGGAGUCGUAUCUGAUAUAAACACAACAGUGAAUAUUGUGAAGCCACACUAAGCCUCGGGACCUUCAUAAGGACACACACUGCUGUUCAGAAGUUUAGGGUCCAUGAAACAUAAAAGUCAUUUAUAAUUUACAAAAGAUUUCCAUUUCAAAUAAACAUUGUGUUUUUGAAUGAAAUGUAUCAAGGUUUACACAAAAAUAUGAAGCAGCACAACUAUUUUCAACACUGAUUAUAAUCAGAAAUGUUCCUUGAGCAGCAAAUCAGCAUAUUAGAAUGAUUUCUGAUGAUCAUGUGACUUGAGUUAUGAUGCUGAAAAUUCAGCUUUGCAUCACAGGAAUAAAUGACAUUUUUUGCAAUAUAUUAAAAUAAAAAAUAGUUUUAAAUUGCAAUAAUAUUUUACAGUAUUACUGUAUUUUGAUAGGCUUUUGAACGGUAGUGUUGAUGGUAAUGGUAAACGGUAAUGAUGUUUUUUGUGUAUUAAUGGUUGUUUAUUUGACUUUGAGUGCAGGUAGUUUACGUAUCAGCUUUUUAUGUUAUUGCUUUUGCAAAUGAGUGUGUGGACAAAUUCACUGUAUCAAAGAGAAUAGUAUGAGUGGACCAUUAAAAGGACAAGAAUGUAAUAAGUCCAUUUCCUAAGCUGCAGACGUGCAUUAUUUAUAAGAAUGUUAUUGUAAAGCGGGUAAUUUGUUUGUAAGAUGAAUAAACUGUUUGAAUGGUUAA